UUGUCGGGGCAACGCGGCUGCGCGCGGCGGCGGCCGCCAGGAGGCGCCGCAGUGCGGGCGCGGCGGCGCCGCGCGGGCCAUGGCGGACUACGAGGCGGUGCAGCGCGGGCCGCUGCGGCUGAAGGGCAGCGGCGGCGCCCUGGGCGCCGGCAAGCGGAAGAAGAAGAAGGCGAAGGAGAAGGGGCAGAUCCUGGAGCAGAUCGUGAGCAGCAAGAAGCAGGAGGAGGAGAAGAAGCGCGGCCUGGACAAGCGCACCCCGGCGCAGGUGGCCUACGAGAAGAUGCAGGAGAAGCGGCAAAUGGAGAGGAUCCUGAAGAAAGCCUCCAAGACCCAUAAACAGAGAGUGGAGGACUUUAACAGACACUUGGACACUCUGACUGAGCAUUACGACAUUCCUAAAGUCAGCUGGACUAAGUGAAGGGGCUGUUUUCUUACAAGGCUUUGGAUCGGGAGUUGUGUUUGUAUUGAACGGGGGUUGCUAUGUAAAUCUGUGUAUUCCCAGUAUUGAGUGUUUAAUAUAUCUUCUUGAACGUUUAUGACCUUGCACUGUCUUAUUUCACUGUUUUGUCUUUUACACAAAGUAUUCAUCAAAACCUUUUCUUGGCUAGCGAAAGCUCUGAUUUAUAUAGGUGCAGUGAGCUAUUUUCUUAGAGCUCAAAGCAGGGUUAAGGCCAGAAACAAUCGGUGUGAGCCAGCUGGAAAACUUUCCUGUAUGAGUUUGAUAUUAGCUGUUGUCCUUUUUGGAAGUGAAGAAUCUCAGACAGUCUCUUACUUAGCGUAAGCUUCAUUUGUAAAUUAUAGGAACAGUAUCUUUUGUUUGUAUCUAGAGUUCUUUCAGAGUUCGGGGCGGGUUCUGCUGUUUUCUAAACUCCUCUUGUAAUUCUGAUGUAACUUCUCAUUAAAAUGCUUCUUUCAUCCUUU